UUAUUACUUGGAUGUGGGUGAUGGCAUAAAUUCACCGUGGUGGUUCUUUCCCCAGCUGUGCCACCUGGGCAGCAUCACCAAGCUGCCCCACUCCUGCCUCUCCACAGCCUCAAUUCAGCCACGCUGAGGUCAGCACAGGCUUUCCUCGCGCUGUCUUUUAGUCUCUCAAGGAAUGCUCUGAGCCGGGAGGGAUGCGAACCCUUCGGUCCCACCGAGCUCCAUCAGGGCUCACACCGGUCCCCUCAGCUGGGCUGUGCGCAGGGACGGGGCGCUGCUCUGCGCACCCUGUGCCACGGCCUCACCGCUCUCAGCGUAACAAACGUUUUCCUCGUAUCUCGCUACACCUGCCCUCUUUAGUUCCUAUGGCCGGGGUGUUGCCGGGCUCGGUAGAGGCAGCCGCAGCGCCCGCGGUGUCCGCGCACUGAUUUCACACUGCAGCGCGGAUCCCGGCUCCUCGCGCCCAUCGGGCCGCGUUCUCCACACACAGCGCCCGACGGACAUCAGCGCCCUGUGCGUGGCCGAGCCGCCCCGUCCGUCCGCCCCGCACGGCGGCUGAGGCGGGCCCGGCUGAGGGCGGCCGUCUGGAACCGCCGCCUCCCGCCCCUUUCCCCGCCUCCUCCUCCUUCUCCUCCCUCCGUCCGCCACUCGCCCGCGGCUCCCGCAGGCGGCACGGCCCGGGUCCGCGCCAUGGCUGCCAUCCAGAACCUGCAGCUGUGGUGCAAGCAGCAGUGCGAGGGCUACCGCGAUGUCAGCAUCACCAACAUGACCACGUCGUUCCGCGACGGGCUGGCCUUCUGUGCCAUCCUGCACCGCCACCGCCCCGACCUCAUAGACUUCAAUUCCCUCAGUAAAGAAAAUGUGUACGAGAACAACAAGUUGGCAUUUCAAGUGGCAUCAGAGCAGCUGGGGAUCCCAGCCUUGCUGGAUGCAGAGGAUAUGGUUGCUCUGAGGGUACCAGACAGGCUGAGCAUCAUUACCUACGUUUCCCAGUAUUAUAACUACUUCCAUGGACGUUCUCCUAUUGGAGGUAUGGCUGGAAUCAAGCGUUCUUCCUCUGAACUUCAGGAACAGCCUGCUGGGAAGAAAGCUGUUCCAGAGCCUCCUAAGCCAGUGUCUCCAAAACUGCCUUCUGCACACCCACCAGCCAAAGCUAAGCCAAAAGAAGCCUCCCCAGUCACCACAAAGGGUGUCCUGACAGAGAGUGGGAAUAUCCGUAGCAGCUGCUGUGGUAUCUGUGGGAACCAUGUCCACCUGGUACAGCGUCACUUGGUUGAUGGGAAGCUCUAUCACAGGAAUUGCUUCAGGUGCAGGGAGUGUUGGAAUGUGCUUCUUCCUGGAAGCUACAAAGCUGGGCCUGAGCCCGGUACAUUCAUCUGCACCAGCCACCAGCAGCCAGACAAUGUCCAGAUCUCUGGGCUCAGCAGCACCCGGAACAAACCUGAGAGCACCCCAGCCCCUACUAGUGCCAGAGCAUUCCAGAAAGCAGCAGAACCCAAGAAACAGGAGCAGGUGUUGAAGAAACCGAGCCAGGAAGGCCUUGCUAAUUCAACCAAGCCAUCUGUUUCAUCUUCUGGAAGCUCUGGCUUCAGAAGUCUAAAUACUCCAUGGUCGUCUUCAGCUGUAAAUAAAUCAGAAGACUGCAAAGGUACUCCAUUGGGAAAUAAAACAGAUCAUCGUGAAGGUACCACGUCAGGACCUCUUUGGACAACCUCCAAAACAAAAACACAGCAGGCCCGUGAAAAUUUUUUUCAGUCAUUAGAGUCCUUCAGCAAUAAAACCUCUGAUGCUAAAAACCACGACCCUUCUCAUAGCUCUGGUAAAAUUUCCUCUGGCAGAACUGCUGCUGGGGUCACUCCAGCAAAGACCGAGAAGGCUCAGGCACGUAACCACAUUAUACAGGCUUUGGCUGGAUCAAACACCUCUCCAAGCAGGCCAGGAGGACUCAGUUCCACUGGUUCUUCAGCAUCAAGUAGUAGCAACUUUUCUCCUUCCAGUUCCCAAUCACAGAGUCCAGCUCCGAAAGCACAGACCAGCAAAACAAGCUACACAGCACCAAAACAGGAAAAGAUCACAGAACCUCUGCCCAAGAGUCAGGCUACCAGCAAACCUGUUGAAUCUGUGCACAAGCCAGAGUCAAAAGGCCUCAAAGGAACUGUGAAUGCUGGUGAGGAUAAGUCUGAGAGCCCAGCAGACUGGAGAUCUCGGUUGAAGCCUGUGGCCAACAAAGACCAGGCUGGCUCUAAGAAGCCUACUGAUCACUCACAGGUGGGAACAGGGAGCCCAACACAGAAGGAGAAAAAGCCAACUCCAUUAGUUGUUCCAUCAGCAAAGCAGGAGUCCGUUGAAUCCUCUGUUCCAAAAAGCAUCCAGAGCAUUGAAGCAGUAUCACCAAUCAAGCUGCACCCAGACUACAUCCCUGAGGAGGAAAUCCAGAAGAAGGUACAUGACAUUGAGAAGCAGCUGGAUGUGCUGGAAUUGAAAGGAGUGGAUCUGGAGAAGCAGCUGCGUGGCUGUGAAGGAGAUGAGUCUGAGGAUGCCCUCAUGGUGGAUUGGUUCAAACUGAUCCAUGAGAAACAGCUGCUGCUGAGACAGGAGUCAGAGCUGAUGUACAAGAUGAAACAGCAGAAUCUGGAGGAGCAGCAGUGGAACAUUGAAUUGGAGCUGAGACGUCUCGUGGACAAGCCAGAGUAUCUGAAGACACGCAGAGAGAAGGAACGUGAAAAGGAGCUGCUGGAUUCAUAUCUGAACACAGUCAAUGAUCGGAAUAAUAUUGUGGAGUGCCUGGAUGAGGACAGAAUCAGAGAGAAAGAGGAGGACCAGAUGCUGGCAGACAUGAUCCGCAAGUUGGAUGGAUCUCUCGAGGGCCAGGAACCAGAGAAGAAGAAGAACAAGUUCCGCUUGUCCAAAAUAUGGAAGCAGAAAAAUAAGAGUUAAACUCAGGAGUGAUGUUACUCUGCAUGCUGGUGCAGAGAGGACUGUCAAAGGGAUGUUCUUUUCUUGCUGCUGCUUUCCAGGACUUGUGCGGGAUGGUGACGAGGCUUCUUUCCUCUCUGAUACGGAGACUGUAGGUUUGCAGAUCAAAGGGACAGUGUGAGUCCUCUCUCACUGGUGUGAGGCACACCUUUCCCAGAAGAUUUUCCUUCUUUGAAUCUAGCUCAGAGCUGGCUUCAGCCUUGUUGGCAGCUCAGCAGGACAGAACUCAGUAUGCCCAUCCACUGCUUAGGUCAUUACGGACCUGAAUCAGGUAGCAUGGCACUGUGUGCCACCUCACAUCAGCCAGGGCUAUGCCAAGGGUACUGUGCUGGUUUCCAAAAUGGUAGUUUUUUCUCCCUCACUGCAUCUCCUUUGGCAGAAAGAGAGAUACCAUGGGUCACGAGAGAUCAAUGGUCUCCCCCUUAUUUACACCCAUGCAAACUGGAGUUUCAGCCCCCACAGCCAGGGGAAGCAGACACCAGAAUUACCUGUGGGUUGGGAUGUCCUAGACCCAGAGACAUUUCAGCAAUAGUGCUGUUUCCAGACCUCCCUGUGGGAGUUGCUGUAGGCUGGUUUCUCAGAGCCAUGAAGGGCUGCUCACUGCUUCAUUCCCUCUAUGGGGGAGAUUUUUAACUGCUUGUUUCACUGCGCAGCAAAGCAUGGUUUUCAUUGCUUGUGGCCCACCAUGCUGAAGACAAACAGAAGUUUGCUUUUAACAGCCUUAUGCUAACAGGGAGCAGAAGUGCAUAACUGGGUUUGUCUUGCCCACCAGCUUUCCAUGUGGGACAAGCAUUCAUCUCCUGAGUCUCUGUCCCUGGACAUGCAGCCCUCAGGGGUUGCCAUGGUUCACCUUGGUGGAACCAGGGCAGUAAUGAGCAGUGCAAAGUAGGCGCUGGGCUGCUGGCAGUGUGUCUUUCUCCUCCACGCUCACCCUAGAGUGACUGCAGCCAGACAGCUGCCCUACAUGGCAUCAGCCUUUGCACAGUCGACCUCUGGAGUAGGAAUAGAGAUUGGCAGGGAAAGAUGAGAACAAUUCAUGAUGCCUCUAGCUCUAGUGUGCGCUCCCCCGUGCUUCCUUCCUCCCUCCGUGCCAGGGUACUUCACGAUUUCCCUGUGUCCUGUUAUCCAGCAGGACCUGGGAUUUUUCAGCGGGGGGAUUUGCUGCCUGCUUUGCCCGGUGGCAGAGGAGAGGCGAUGCGUCCCUCACCCACGAGGUGGCAGUGGGACUCUCCGUCCAAGGCAGCUUGCCCUGGGCACCGCAGGGGUGAUCUCGGUGGGGUGCCCAGGGCACAAGGGGUUUAUCGCUGCCCCCAGAGGGUGUAUGUUCUGGGACGCCCUGUACCUGCCUAUGUUUUUGUCCAAUAAAGAGCUGCUGGUGCACA